UAUGAGCCCAAACAUUUCUUCUCCUUCCUUUCUCAUCUCUUACCAGAAAGAAAGAACCAAGUCUCUUCCUUUCUCAAAUCAAAACCCAUUUUCUUUCUUUGAUUUGAUCAUUAAUCUCAAAUCUCUAAGAGGAAUUCCCUUUAGGUUCCUGAGCAUAGGUCUUCGGGUUGUCUAACAUCAAUCACAGAGAGGUAUUUGGUGGAGUAGCCAGAAAGAAAGUACAAUAUGGCCAAAAAAGAUAGCUUGAAGUUAAACAUUGCUGUAAUUCAUCCUGAUCUUGGAAUAGGAGGAGCUGAGAGAUUGAUUGUUGACGCGGCUGUUGAACUUGCAUCACAUGGGCAUAAAGUUCAUGUCUUCACUUCACACCAUGACAAGAAUCGAUGUUUUGAGGAAACAAUAUCUGGCACGUUUCCAGUCACAGUGUAUGGUUCUUUCUUACCUCGACAUAUAUUCUACCGUUUUCAUGCUCUGUGUGCUUAUCUUCGGUGCCUUUUUGUUGCACUCUGCGUAUUAGUCAUGUGGUCAUCUUUCGAUGUGAUUUUAGUGGAUCAGGUUUCUGUUAUCAUUCCAUUACUGAAGCUCAAAAAAUCAACAAAGGUUGUGUUCUAUUGUCAUUUUCCAGAUUUGUUACUUGCUCAGCAUACAACUCUUCUUAGGAGGGUUUAUAGGAAGCCUAUUGACUUUGUAGAAGAAAUAACAACCGGAACGGCGGAUCUGAUUCUUGUUAAUAGCAAGUUUACGGCCUCUACUUUUGCAAAUACGUUCAAGCAUCUUCACGCACGAGGAAUACAACCAGCUGUUCUUUACCCUGCAGUGAAUGUGGAUCAGUUCGACGAGCCUAAAUCUAUCAAGCCGAUUUUUUUGUCCAUCAACCGUUUUGAGAGAAAAAAGAACAUAGACUUGGCAAUUUCUGCUUUUGCUAUGCUGAACGCCCUUAAAGACGGUGAUCUUCAAGGUUGCAAUGUGGCCGAAGUUUCGCUAACUAUUGCAGGUGGUUUCGAUAAGCGCCUAAGGGAGAAUGUCGAGUACUUGGAAGAGCUAAAAAGUUUAGCAGAGAGGGAAGGUGUUUCCGAACGAGUUAAUUUCGUCACGUCUUGCUCCACAGCUGAGAGAAAUGCACUUCUCUCCCAAUGCUUAUGUGUCCUCUACACACCAAAGGACGAGCACUUUGGCAUUGUUCCUCUAGAGGCAAUGGCAGCACAGAAACCCGUCAUUGCUUGCAACAGUGGCGGCCCUGUUGAGACAGUUAAACAUGGCGCGACAGGUUAUCUUUGCGAGCCAACACCGCACGAGUUUUCAUUGGCUAUGGCGAAACUUAUUCAGGACACGCAGUUGGCUGAGAAAAUGGGCUUAGAAGCACGCCAACAUGUUACCGAAUCCUUCUCUAGGACGAUAUUCGGUCGGCGUUUGAAUCGAUAUCUUGUUGAUGUUGCUAGAUGUAAGAGAGACUAAUGAUUUUGUCACACAAUGGUUAAACUAAAACUUAGUGUUAAACCUCAUUACAUUGUUUUGUUUUCUUACCAGAAUUAUGAGAAAUAUAAAUGAUGAUUUUCUUGGUGUUUA